AUGGCAGCGCUGAUGAUCGGUCGAUUCAGGUCCUGCUUUACGCCCCCACACCUCACAUCCGACCUCCCACAUCCCACAUCCCACAUCCCUAAUCGAAUGGCUAUCCUCACACAGCAGCCAGUCAAGGGCAUCUACCUUCUUGGCGCUCUCAGCUUCGAAAUCGUCCGUCUCCCGCUUGUUGUUGUGAAGAAUAUCCUCAGCUUUGCUCGGCCUCAUCCGGAUUGGUCUUUCCGACAGAGUCUCAGUGUACAUGCUGCCGGUGCUUUCAUCCAACACGUUGCUUCGAUCCAACCCACAACACCGCUGCCCCUUGAGCCUGGCGCCGAGGGAGAGCGUUUCGUCCUUGUUCAACCGGCGAGCGAUGAUACGUACCAAGGGCCUCUGCGGAGCAAUGCAGACGUGAAACCCGUAAGCAUUGGUGCAACCUGGUAUCCUGCGCCCUUGACUGUUGGUAGCGACAAAAGCAACGUCUGUGUCGUCUUACACAUCCAUGGAGGUGCCUACGUCAUGGGCGAUGGAAGAACACAGGGGACAGGAUAUGCGGCCAAGUUGAUGUUGAAGCAUACUCCUGCUACACACGUUUUCUGCCCACAGUAUCGUCUAUCCACGUUACCCGCCUCCAAGACCUCAAAUCCUUUCCCUGCCGCACUUCAAGACAGCUUGACUGCCUACCUAUACCUCAUUAAACAGCUCAAAAUCUCGCCAAAAGACAUCAUCAUUGCCGGUGAUUCUGCGGGUGGGAACGCUGCCAUCUCAAUCCUGCGGUAUAUCAGCGAGUAUGGUCCAGACCUCGGUCUCCCUGCCCCAGCCGCAGCCCUUCUUUGGUCUCCGUGGAUCAAUCCAGCGGACACGUCUGGCUCUUAUGUCUACGACAACGAUCAUUAUGCGACCGACUACCUCUCUACGCCCUUUACGACAUGGGGCACUUCAGCCUACGCUGGUAUUGCCGGUACGGAGAUUCUCAAGCAGCCCUAUGUUUCCCACAAGAGCCGCACCUUCAAGACGGAAACGCCACUGUUCGUCAACACUGGAGGUGCCGAGGUUUUGUACUAUGAUGACGUGGAGUGGGCAGAAAACAUGAGGAAGGUAGGGAAUAACGUCAAACUUGACGUAGAGAAGACGGCGCCUCAUGACAUUCUAUUGCUUGGGAACUUGAUAGGAUUUGGCACUGAAGCUACAAACUGUGCGAAGAGGGCGAGUGAGUGGUUGAGGGAGGUUCGAAAAUGA